UUCUUUUGUUUCCCUCUCCAAAUCUUACGCCUCUUUCAGACUCGGUGUGGACUCUUCCCCCCAUACACCAACACCCACAAUCUACUCCUCUCUAAUUCCUUGCUUUCUAUUACCGCUUUCAAUUCCCAAAUACCAUGCUUCGGAUCCAUUUGGAGGCUCUGCUCCUUUGAAAUUGCUUUUACUGUGACGAAAAUUACACAGCUGUUGUCGGAUUUUGUUUUGGGAUCGGAUGUAUAGUAUGUGUCAGUACUGUGGCACAGAAUUGACACAACCUAAAAAUGAAAAGGAGGAACAUGAUAAUCUGAAAACCUUAGCGUCAGAUAGGGCUUGCAAAGCUUGUGCAGAAAAACAGGAGCGAGGAUCAAUCAAGCAGGCCAAUGGAAUUUCAAGGCCAACGAUCAGUCCAAUGACUUCCUUGUCAAGCAGUGAUAGUUCUGUCUCCAACUGCAGUGAAUUUUCUGUUGACGUCAACUCAUAUGAUCGUACGGCAGGCAUGAAUAAUGACCAGCUAUGGGAACCCCCUUCUGCAAACACUUGUGGAUCAUCUAGCGAAACUGAGAAUUCAAAUUCUUCAGAAGGUGAAAUGGCUGACUGGAUAUGGGAUCCUCCUGAACCUGAUGAUCCGGAGGACGAUGUGGAGGGUAGUGUGGCUUUCAAUGACGACGAUGAUGAUGAGUGUGGUGAUGGCAUGAAAUGGGGCAAACCAAGUUCUUUGAGUCGCUCUAAAGAUGAAGGAAGUGGGAGCUAUAAGUUUAAAGAGGAAAAACAAAGAGCAAUGGAAGCAGUUAUUAAUGGAAAGUUCAAGGCUCUUGUCAGUCAACUACUUACAUCUGUUGGUGUUGUUGGAUCUUCUGGGGAGGAUGGUGAAAGUUGGGUGGACAUUAUUACUUCUUUGUCAUGGGAAGCUGCUUCAUUUUUGAAACCCGAUGCUGUUGUUGGUAAAGCAAUGGAUAUAGAUGGCUAUGUGAAAGUAAAAUGCAUUGCAACUGGUGAUCGCUGCCAAAGUCAAUUAGUAAAAGGUAUGGUCUUCAAAAAGCAUGCUGCACACAAGCAUAUGCCAAUCAAGUACAAGAACCCAAGGUUGUUACUGAUCCAGGGAGUUCUUGGUCAGUCUUCAAGUGGAUUGUCAUCAUUUGAUUCCAUGGAGCAGGAACAAGAUUACUUGAAGUAUGUCACCGAAAUGCUAGAACUGUGUCAUCCAAAUGUGGUUUUAGUGGAAAAAACUGUGUCUCGGGAUAUUCAAGAGUCUAUUCUCGCAAAAAGAAUGACACUGGUCUAUGACAUGAAGCUCCAUCGUCUACAGAGAAUUGCCCUUUGUACUGGAUCACCAAUUUUAUCAUCAGAUACAAUGACGAGUCAAAAGCUAAAGCAGUGCGACUCUUUUCACAUUGAAAAAUUUAUAGAGGAACGUGCUGGUUUGGGUGGAGGAAAGAUGCCAAGCAAAACAUUGAUGUUUAUUGAGGGCUGUCCUACACGCCAGGGUUGUACAAUUUUGCUGAAAGGAGCACAGAGUGAUGAAUUGAAGAAGAUCAAGUGUGUAGUGCAGUGUGCAGUUAUCUUGGCAUAUCAUUUAAUACUUGAGACUUCUUUCCUUGUUGACCAGAGAGCAAUGUUCUUUGCGCAUCCUUUGUUUGGUGGAGCAAAUCACUUGUCCAUGGAAGUAGCAACCCAGUUUUCCACUGGUAACAAAUCCUUUAAUUUAGCAUCCAGUAAUUCAUGCAUUCCACAUCAUAGGGAGUCUAGUGGUGAAACUGAGUCGGAUGCAGUUGAUAUUCUCAUUUCUGAUGGAUUCCAUGAAGGAUCUUCCCAAAAUGCUGACUUGGAAUUACAAGGCAGUUCCACAUUAUAUGAACCAUACAAUCCUGUCAUAUUUUCUGGCUUCUCGUCACUUUCAGCUUCACUAAAGAAAGUUAUAGGGGAAAGCUUGCCUCUAGCAUCUACUUCUUAUCAAUCUCUCUCUUCAUACUUUGGAUUAAAUGGAAGAGAGCUGAAUGGUCAGAUUACAAAGUCUCUUUCUAUUUCAACAUCUUCAGAGGCGACUGAUCAGUGUGAUGUUGAAGAUAGAGGAAGUUCUGAUGAAGAGAGGCCACUUAGUGGUGGAGAAAUCCAGUCUCCAUUUACUUGCACUGAAGCUUCUCUGGAGAUUGAAAAGGAUGGUGGCAACAAUGAAGACCCAAUGCAGAGCAAGAAUGACAUCAGCAAAGUGUUGGAUUCCCAGAGUAUUUUGGUUUUGAUGUCGAGCAAGAAUGUUAAAGGGAAUGUUUGUGAGCAAAGCCAUUUUUCUCAUAUCAUGUUCUACAAGAAUUUUGAUGUGCCCAUCGGAAAGUUUCUACAGGAUAAUAUACUGAAUCAGCGAAGCCAUUGCACAGCAUGUGGUGAGCUGCCAGAAGCUCACGUAUACUGUUAUGCACAUCAUAACAAGCAGCUUACCAUACGCGUUAAACGGCUUCUUACAGAGCAUUUGCCUGGUGAAGCAGAAGGCAAGCUUUGGAUGUGGAGUCGAUGUGGUAAAUGUAAAUCUGUGAAGGGAAAAUCAAAGUGUACAAAAAGAGUCUUGAUUUCCAGUGCUGCACGUUGUCUGUCAUUUGGAAAUUUCCUGGAGCUCAGUUUCUCAAACCACUCUCUGUCUAAUAUAUUUUCUAGCUGCGGCCAUUCUUUGCAAAUGGACUUUCUCUACUUCUUUGGAUUAGGCCCCAUGGUUGCUAUGUUCAAAAACUCCCCGGUCACAAUUUAUACUGUGUCUGUGCCUCCUCUAAAACUUCCAUUCAGCAAUUCAAUUAGGCAAGAGUGGUUUGCAAAAGAAAUUGAGAAUGUAUUAGUGAAAGGACGUAUGCUGUUAAGUGAGGUUGGCAAUUCUUUGAAGAAGAUUAGGUCUCAGUUUGAUGGCAUGACUUUGAAACUGCAAGGCUCCUUGAAAAAAUUCUCUGACAUCGAAGAUAUGCUAAGUCAAGAAGAAUCUGAGCGAGAGGUAAACAUCCGUAAUGCUGUUAACGAGAAUAGGAACUCAGACCAAGCCGCUUACAAACUUCUUGGCUUUAACCGUGUACAUUGGGAACUUCUUCUUCAAUCAUGCGUUUGGGAUCAGCGCUUGCACUCGUUACUGUCGCCAACUCCUAUGAUGAUCCAUUCUAUAGCUUCUGAUAAGGUAAGCCAAGAAGUGAAUUCAGGUAUUCAUGGCACUGCUGAAAGUAUUAUGGGAAGAGGUGAAAACUGCAUUGACGGUUCUUCCAAUUUAAAAGUUGAGUUAAAUAUAGCUGCAGAAGCAGAUGAAUUUCCAAUUAAAGAAAUUCCAAUUGGUGGUCCUGUUGAAGAAUCUGAAGGAGCUGAUCAACAUAACGUGUCUACUUUGCCUGAGGGUCUUAAGACACCAAAUGUGGGUGGUGCAAGCCCAAAAAGAUUUGCUGACCACAAGUCCAAUCCUAGGCCCAAUGCCUCCACUGAUGGUCAUUCUGACAAGUAUGUUGAAGGGAAUAUUACUUUCGCUGAUGAACUAGAUGAAGAUAGAGGAAUUCGUGUUAUUCCUGUUUCCAGGGAAAAUGAGGAUCCUUGUUCAGUUGUUGAUUCAAAUCUAUCACUGAUGGGCGCUUCUCUGCACUCACGAUCAUCCAAGUUUGACAGUUCAAGUGAUUGGUUUUGGGCACCCUUCUCUGAAAUUCGACAAGUAGGUAUGAAGGAUCUACAAAGAGUCCUUCCAAGGUUUGUACCCAUGAGUAGCUAUACAUCAGAAUACUUACCCACAGCAUAUCAGUUGAUCACAGAGGAAGGGCAAAUGUUGCACAUUCCUCUAGGAACUGAUAAUUAUAUAGUGUCGGACUAUGAUGGUGAACUUUCAAGUGUGAUUGCUUGUGCACUGGCCUUUUUGAAAGAUCCACAUCUUCAAACAGAUGUUCUUGUUGAUGAUGAGUGUGGAAUUGCUGCUAGAACAUUUGAGAGUUUACAGAGUCUGGCUCGGGUUUCUUCGCUGCAUCAAAGCUCAAAUGGUUCUUCAGAUUCUGAUUCAGUCCAUUCUAUGGCAAGCAUUUCUUUUGAUGAGUCACGCUUCUCCAGUUUUGACGGAUUGAACUUGUUGGAUUCUCUGGUUCCGGCAGGAACCCACCACCCAAUGGUAACUCUAAGAGUUGCCAAGUCACUUGGCAAGGAGAAAUAUACUGUAUUAUGUCCAUAUGCCAAUCAGUUUCGAGACCUCCGGAAUCGUUGCUGCCAAUCUGAGAUUGAUUAUAUUGCUUCCCUAAGCCGUUGUAGAAGCUGGGAUGCUAAAGGUGGGAAGAGCAAAGCCUUUUUUGCCAAAACAGUUGAUGACAGGUUGAUUAUAAAAGAAAUCAAGAAGACAGAAUUUGAGUCAUUUGUAAAGUUUGCAGAUGCUUAUUUUGAGCACGUGAACAAGUCAUUUGAGAAGGGAAAUCAAACUUGCCUUGCAAAAAUUCUUGGGAUUUAUCAGGUGGUUGUGAGACAGACAAAAAGUGGGAAAGAGAUGAAACAUGAUCUGAUGGUUAUGGAGAACCUUACCUUCGGUCGGAACUGCACCCGCCUGUAUGAUCUUAAAGGUGCUCUACAUGACCGUUUCAAUGUGGCGCCUGCUGGUGCGGGAGAUGUUCUUCUGGAUCAGAACUUUGUCAAUGACAUGAACUCAUCUCCAUUUUAUGUCAGUAACCAAGAAAAGCAAAAAUUGCAACGGGCUCUGUGGAAUGACACGUCUUUUCUCAAUUCAAUCAAUGUUAUGGAUUAUUCAUUGCUUGUCGGGAUUGAUACACACAGACAGGAGCUUGUAUGUGGCAUUAUUGAUUAUCUGAGGCAGUAUACAUGGGACAAGCACCUAGAGUCAUGGGUGAAGUCUUCACUUGUGCCAAAGAAUGUCUUGCCGACUGUUAUCUCUCCUAAAGAGUACAAGAGGAGAUUCAGAAAGUUCAUGUCGAAGAAUAUAUGCAGUGUCCCAGAUCACUGGUGCUCCUCAGAAUCCUCUGAUCCUUGUGACGAAUAUGCUGCUAGAAAUGCUGAUUCUCCCAAACAAAAUCCGAAAGGAAAGGGGGGUUAAACAGCUCUUUGCCCAAGUCUCUUUUCUUUAACCGGUAUCAUCAUUUUUGCUUUUACAAAUAUUAGUGAUGCUGCUUUCACAGUUUUAGAUACUGUAAAUAGUUGGUCGUCUCAGUUCUGCCCUGUUGUUAUGCAAUUUUUAGCAAAUUUCUGGGGAUAGUGUCAGUGACUCAGUGGUAUAGGUCAUAAUGUGCAGAUUACAAGUAUAAUUCUUUUGUAAAGCGUAUUUAGGAAGUAGAGUUGCGAGUCAUCAAGGAACAAGUUGGCGUUAUUGUUGAUACAUGAUAUUCUUUCUUGUAUAUGAAAAUGUUAUUCUUGGAUUAUCAGUAUCAUUUUUUCUUGUUGGGUGCU